GACCCCAUCAUUCUCAUCCCUUCCCCACACCUCAAACCCUCCAUCAUCAAUGGCUUCCUUCUCAAGAAUCCUCUCCCCAUUUUCACUGUUCCUUCUAAUUCUCGCCAUUUCCACCCAAACCCAUCUCUCCUUUUCAUCAAUAGACAAACCCCUCAACCCAACAGACAUCCACGAACUUCUACUCCGUUACGGUUUUCCCGCUGGUCUCUUACCCAACAAUGUCAAGUCCUACACACUCUCAGACGACGGCGCCUUCGAAAUCGAGCUCAAAGCCGAUUGCUAUGUCAUGUUCAGUGAGCUGGUUUAUUACGAAAAGAAAAUCACGGGGAAAUUGAGCUAUGGGUCUGUGACCGAUGUUUCUGGGAUUCAAGUUAAGAAGCUGUUCUUGUGGCUCUCUGUUUCUGGGUUCAAGUCUAAUCAAGGAUCUGGAACCAUCGUGUUCUUUGUCGGAUCCUUGUCUGAAACUUUUCCGGCAGAAAUGUUCCGGACGAUUCCUGGUUGUAGAAGGAAGGGUUGCCUAGGAGGAAGAACAGAAGCCAUGUGAGGUGGAAAUGAUAGCUUUCCGAGCAUGUUCAUCUUUGCUUCCACAACAUUAACAAAAUGUUUCUUUCAAUAAUAUUAUCCUUCUACUAUAUCAGAUUUCAUUAUCAAAUGAAAAUAAUAAAUUAUUAUCAAAUGAAAAUAAUGAAAAUUUAUGUACUUUCUACUUGGUGCAAGUGUCACGAUUAUAUUUGUUUAUGACGUGUUACCUACGGCUGCAUGCCCGUUAAAUGUCAAACCUCUUGCAUUGUAUCACUUUAUUGCCUUCUUUUAACGUUUUCAUGAUGUAUAGUUUACUU